UACGCCAUCAGCUUGCGCCGCGCCGCGCCGCGCCGCCUGGUGUUAUUCCGCCCCGCAGGCGGGGCUGUCGGCCUCCUGUUGCCAUCUGGUCGGGCUAUGGUUCCGACCGGUGUUGUGUAAGUUUUGCAGCCUAGGCUCCUGACACUACCCUGGUCCUGAUGGCGGCGGCGGCGGUGGCAGCAGCAGCCCUGGCGCCGGCCGACCCCCCUCCCGCGAUGCCGCAGGCGGCAGGAGCUGGAGGGCCCACAGCCCGCAGGGAUUUCUACUGGCUGCGCUCCUUUCUGGCCGGAGGUAUUGCCGGAUGCUGUGCCAAAACAACAGUUGCCCCAUUGGAUCGAGUAAAAGUUUUAUUACAAGCUCACAAUCACCAUUACAAGCAUUUAGGAGUAUUUUCUGCAUUGUUUGCUGUUCCCCGAAAAGAAGGAUUCCUUGGGUUGUAUAAAGGAAAUGGUGCAAUGAUGAUUCGAAUCUUUCCCUAUGGCGCAAUCCAGUUUAUGGCAUUUGAGCAUUAUAAAACGGUAAACUUUGAUCUUUUCUCUUUUGCAUUCUUGAAUAUUAUGCAUGCUUGACCAGGCAUUUGCUUUGGACAU